UUCAAGUACGUCAUGUCCACUCUCUACGAAUAUCUCAAUUUUCUUAAUGAAGCCAAUCCAUCGCCAGUGGUCCAGGAAAGUCCUCAGUUGAACCCUCAAAAGAGCAUUACAAAAUGCUUUGAUCAAAAUAUUACAGUCCGCAUUGAUCGAGGGAGUACAGGUGAUGCUAAUGGACCAAAAGGGAGUGACUUUUCAAAUCUUUCUACAGAAGACUCUAUUUCAGUUUCGAUUAGAAAUUCUAAUGGUGAAACUGCUUUAAAAGGACAGCAAAAUGAUGACAGUAACCCCGAAUCUCGACCUCAAUUAAUGUUAGAGGAAAAUGCGAAAAGCAUUUCUCCAAUUCCUAUUAGCCGUAGUAAUAAUGACGAGUCCAUGCUGUUGCCCCAACGAAUACGCUCCUCUUCCAAUGUUUCCACUGACACUUUUAAGAGUUUCGUAUCCUCACAAAAUGUCCUCAGUAGCUCAAAUCUUCUCACCGUGUCAGUCUGUGAGGGCCCUUUCGGUCCACCUGAUAAAAACCGACGAAGAUCGGCAAUUGACCUCCGCUCGACUGGGGAAAUAUUCAAUCCUAUGCAGUCACAGACACAACAAAUACCAUCUACACAAAUUAAUAUCAAUAGUCCCAAAAAAUCUCAGGUAAUUUUCAAUGAGUUGCAAUGA